AAACACUUCGUUGUUGGUAUAGAUAUAUGACCUUUUCAAUCUUGAUGCUUACUUAAGUACAACUUUCCUCAAUUUUCUUAUAUACGUUCACGUUUUACUCUCUUGGAAAUGGACGCUUUGUGUGUAUAAAAGUAAUUUCUCAUAAAAAUGGACUAUGUAAGAAAGUGAAAUCAAGACUAAGGCUUACAAGUGUUGCGAAGGAAACAUUGACUCGAUUGUAGUUUCUCUAUUGGACCAUUAGCGGAAGGCGUGAAGCAAAUUAGUGAUUCCGCUGGGUACCAGGCUAGGUAGCUCCCUUUACCUGGACGUUUAAAACUUGGACCAUAUUUCUCUUACCAGGAAAUAGAUAAGCAUGGCACAGUAUACCACCGAGAUGGUCGAUUUUGGGAAAGGGUACCAAAAUGCCGCAGGUCCUAGUCCUUCGACGCAGACGGUUGAUCACCGAAUGAGCAAGAAAACGAUCCUAAAAAAUGUUGUGGUUGUGAGUUUUGGAUUCCUGUUCCUUUUCACAUCCUUUCAGUCAUUAUCGAAUUUACAGAGUUCCCUAAACAAAGACGACGGUCUCGGUACCGGGGGACUGGCUAUCGUGUACGGUGCUCUUGUAGUCUCAUGCAUGUUCUUUCCGGCCUUCAUUGUUGGCCAGUUAGGCUGUAAAUGGACUGUUGCAUUAUCCAUGAUCUGUUAUAUUGUGUACAUGGCCGCCAACUUCUACGCUGUUUGGGGAACAAUGGCGGUGGCCUCCGUUAUUGUCGGGUUGGGUGCUGCUCCCUUGUGGUCUGCAAAGUGUACAUACCUUACACAAACUGCCGUUUGGUAUGCAAAACACACAGGCGCCACCGAAGAUGACGUCAUCAACCGAUUCUUUGGAUUCUUCUUCAUGGUGUUCCAGACAAGUCAAGUUUGGGGUAAUCUUAUCUCAUCAACUGUAUUCAGUCAACGCCCUGAAAAUGAAACUAUACCGACGACCGAGGAACUGGCGCGCUGUGGGGCUGCUUUUGACCCGACGGCGCCUUCAAACAACAAUACAAACCUUGCUCGACCGCCAAUUGAAAAGGUCUACAUCGUUUGCGGAAUAUACAUAGCAUGUAGUUGCGUGGCCUUCUUCAUCAUCGCUGGACUUCUAGACCAGAUAAAACUUGACAAGGAUAAGGAUAUUGCCAAGGAGGACCGGAAGCUGUCAGUCAAUCUAUUGGUAGCAACCUUCCGCCAUUGGUGGAAUUCCCCGUACCAGAAGCUACUGAUGCCUCUCACUAUUUACAGUGGAAUAGAACAGGCGUUCAUCACUGGCGAUUAUACUAAGUCCUUUAUAAGCUGCACCCUUGGUAUCUGGAAUGUUGGUUACGUCAUGAUUUGUUACGGAGUGGUAGACGCCAUCUGCUCCUUCACAUUUGGACGUCUCGUGCAGUACGUAGGACAUAUCCCAUUCUUCAUUUUAGCAUUCCUUGUGCACGGCGGGACUUUGAUCACUCUCCUGCUUUGGCAGCCUGACCCUGACAGGGUGUAUCUGUUCUACAUCUUUGCUGCCUUGUGGGGAAUGGGCGACGCCGUCAUACAGACGCAGAUCAACGCACUGUACGGCUACCUUUUCACGAAAAACACUGAGGCUGCCUUUGCAAAUUAUCGUCUGUGGGAAUCGGUUGGAUUCAUUUUGGCAUUCGGAUACAGUGCUUAUCUCGAAACCAGAAUAAAAAUGUACAUGGCGAUCGGAUGGCUGGUCCUGGGAAUGAUGAUGUACUGUUUAGUUGAAAUUGGUGACAGAAUGUCAAAGAAAUCAAGCCAUGACAUCAUUAAGACUAAACUGUGAGAGAUACAAGGUAGUCCUCGUGAGGCGUGGAUGGCGCUACUGCAAAACAAGCGAUUUUGCUGCUAUGCAGCACCGUAGUAGACAAAAUGAUUACUUGCAUGUUACUUAUUCAGAAAGAGUUGAAAACCGCAUACAUUUAUACUUCGGUUACAGCAGUGGUGAAAUUGCAAUAAUGCGCAAAAAAACAUCUGCAAAACAAUCGUUUUUAUAUUUCCUAUAUUGUUAUAUAGUAACCUUUCCAUUCUAUGAUUUUAAUCUUAGUCCACAAUAUGUAUCCUUUUAUUCUCUGAACCACUGAUGUAUUGUUUUUUGUUAAGGGUUGGUGUAUGUAACUGAUUUUGCUGUAGGAACAGAGUGAUAAAAUUCGUGUUGAUGAUAAUUUAUCUUUGCAUGAAUAAAUUCAAAUAUCUAUACAAAAGAUAUGCAAAUUACAUGGCAUCGCCUUAAAGGACACUCUCCGUAGGGCAUACCGUGCAAUCACACCUUAUUCUAAUUCCUAUCUGAUACGGAUAUAUAAACUUUGUUUCAUGUCUGAAUUUUACAUCAACUGCACUUGUGUAAAUAGCACCAUGUCUAAUAUUGAUAUCGGUUUAAUCCAUAUCUUCAACUUACUAUACAGUUUACAUUUUUUGUUGGAGGAUCUUGUUCAUUCGUAAACAAAAUAUUGGAGCUAUGUUGUGGUCAUACCAAACAGUUAUAAUUGUGCAUUUAAUAAUACAUGACUGCAACGGAAAUUAUUUGCAAAACAAAACAAGAUUGUAAAGAUAUAAAAAAUACAUGCCCUUGUGUGAUUAUAAUGGUAUGUGUAAUAGAACUACAUUCAAUAUAUAUCCUGCGAUUGUAUCUCAGUGAUUCUUAACCUAGUUCAAGCUGUUGUUAUGUAAGCAGAUCUGAAAUGCCGUUUCUAAUUAACCUGUGUUGUGCGAGUUCUUAGAUAUGAAAUUUUACACAAUACAUUAUUAACAUUUAAAUGUUGAAUUAAUAUUUUUUGCUUGUAACCUUUUCUUCGCGUUAUUGUAGUACAUGGAUCAUUUUUUGUGUAAAUAAUGCCAUGAUCAACAUACAUUUUCAAGCAAUUAUCAGUUUUAAAACUUAAAAACAAAAUAAUCAUGAUGAUAAAAAAUGUGAUGAAGAAAAGCCCUCAAAUGAGUUUUACAGGUCAAAGUUUUAGAUGUAUUCUUGAAGUAAUGAAAAUGCUAUACAAAGAAAUCACAAAACAUACAUUUGUUUACUAUUUUAUAAAUGAUUUUUUUUAUUGAAGCGGUACAAACAGUUUUUGAAGUUUAAAAACGAGACCAUACCGUGAAACCUGCCUUUAAAUGUGUAUAAGGACCAAUUACCUGCUGUUUCAAAGUCGCGAAAAGAUGUUUUUGCUUAAUCUGUUUGUCUUUUAGAUAUAUUUUGCUUUUUCUACGGUUCGCUGACCUAUAAUGUGUCAAAAUAUUUAUCAAUGAUUUAAUUGAGUAUUUUAUGCAAUGUAUCAAUUCAAUAUACAUUAUAAAUAACACAUGUAAAUUAAAUUCAUGUACACACGUAUGUACUUCCUUUUCAAUGUAAAUUUCUUUUAUAAAUAGGCUAUCACAACGUUAAGAUUUUGUAAACUUUUGUUGAUUAAAUCACAAAAAAAUCAUAUACUGACAUGU